UGGAGACCUGGGCUCGAUGGGGAGCGAGGAGGAAAUUCUUGGGAAGUGAGGCUGGAAAGAGACAUGGAUUCGUCAUUCGGUAGCCCUGGCGGGGAAUUAUGGCUUAGUCCCGCCUUCUGUACUUGCAGUGCUCCCAAUCCUGGCAUGUCCAGGGAGUCGUAAUCCAAAGCUCCUGGAGGGCACCAGGUUGACGAUGGGCUCGUGAUUAUACGGAGGAGGUGGGUGGGUUUGAGUUCUUCCCCUGCCUCAAAACCCCAUUGGAUCAAUUUAAGUAAUACAGCAUGUUUCAGCCUAGUCUAAUUCACAGGGUUGGUAAAAGAAGGGGAAGGCCUUAGAUGUUUCCUUGAACUCUUUGAAAGGAGAAUAGGGUUUUAAAAAGAAAAGUAGUAGUGAAAAAGAAUUGGGAUGUUACGGUGGUGGGGGAAGUUGUGUAAUUGAUUUUGUAAUUUCUGUAAUGUAAGUGUGAACAUUUUCUUAUUUUUUGUAUAAACUGAUUUGGGUGUCCAUCAAGAUAGAAAAUAACUAGCAGCAGAUAAAGAGAUAAGAGAUAGGGGAAGGGACUAAAGAGAGAGGCUAAUAAAUGAAACGCCUCAAACAUGAGGUGCUGUAAGAUAAAUAGGAAAAUGAAGAAACUGUUUAGGACACAGUGCAAGAGAAGUUGGCUGGAGCGUGCUGAGAGUUGUAGGUUUCCUCCUAAACUUGCAUAGGAUUGUGCCUUUAGAGGUUUACAGUCUAAAGAAGAAUUUACUAAGCUGGGGAAAUCAAAUAAGUAAUAUCAGUUUAAGAAAGCAGAAGAGCUGAUAUUUUGGAGGUUGCUAAGGAUAACUACAGUCUUUGCAAGCAUGAGAUAUGGAAAAUCCGGGCUUGGUGAAAAUUGAGCAAGAGUCCUGUUCUGUAGACAUUGAUACCAGAAAUGCUCGAAACUCUCUUGACUAUCACUUAAAUAAUAACAGAAGCAGCCCCUCACCCAGUCCAAAUGGCAUCUCGAGUUACUCAGGGAAAGCUAGCCCUUCUGUAAUAUCUGGCGAGGCUGAUCAGCUGCCUUCCUUCAUGCAAGACAUUCAGAGGAGUGGAGACUCAGAAUUAUUGAACUGUGAGGCCGGGUGGUUACAAUUGUUCAGACUGGUGGAGAAACAAUGCCAAGACCAGAUAGCUGCCCAGCAGAAAGAUUUCUGUCAUCAGAUCCAUCACAUACAGAAUGAAAUCAGGCAGUUGGUGAAACAGCAGAACCAGCAUGUGUGUUCAUGCACGAAGCGACGCUCUCCAGGCAAACUUAAAAGCAGUUUUUCUUCAUUAGAAAGUCCGAUGGGGUUGCACUCUGAAACCUUUGAAGAAAAUGAGCUCUUUGCCGACCAGCUCAAGUGCAGCAACACGGAGAGUCAGCCAGCAGCAUCGGCCGUGCAUCAGGAGUGCCUUGCGAAUAGUGUUUCGAUGAGCAGUGGGUACGGCACCUAUUCCGCUGUGGAAAUGAGUCCCGGCAAAUGUAAAGACAUUCAGAUGUGCGUGGAGAACACAGAGGAGGUCACCAAAGGCCAGAAGGCUGCAUCAUCCGUGCAGGAGAAUUUAGUCACAGCCAGUAUUCAAAACACAGAGUGUAGCCAAACAACUGUAGAACAUUGUCCGCUACUAAAGGAUGAUGAUAUAGUUUUUCCUGCUGAGUUUGAACAUAUGAUUAAUGAAGGUCAGUGUGGAAAAACAAAUUGUAAAUCUUUAACAUCCUGGGCUCAAAAGCUGAAACAAAACCAAGUGAAGAGAAUAAAUGCAAAAGAAGGCGAUGCUCCUUCUGUGCAGGGGGAAGAGCAGACCCAGGCAUUCGCACUGGAGGAUACAAAACCUGCUGCUGCUGCUUUGCCAUCUUAUCCUUUUUACCUCAAUCAACCACACGGAAGCCAGAAUUCUUUAGUGUCUGAUACGUCAGGACUGACAUACUGGAAACUAGAUGAAAAGGAGAUGUACCACACUCUGCCUGAAAACCUUGGAAAUGAAUUUUGCACCCUUCCAACAAAAAUGUCCUCAGAGCAGCUGUCUUCUGGCGAUGAGGUGAAGCCAUCAUCCUUAAAGGAUAUAUAUCAUAAGAAACAAAGGGAAAGUAAGCAACUUCCAGACUGGAACCUUUCUCCGUUACAAUCAACUCACCCCCCUGAGAUCCUGACCCUUGACCCAACGCUGCAUAUGAAACCAGGCCAACAGAAUCCAGGACUUCCUUUAUAUAGCUUUGAUGGGACCCCGGAGAGGGUGUCCUUUUCACCAGACUCCAUGGCAGAUCCUGGCUUUUUUAUUCAUUCAGACACAGACUCGUUUUUGCACACAAGUACUAUAACAUCUCCUCCAUCCGCUGGGUCACCAAAAUACAGUUCUUAUCCAAGCAAUGAGAUCUUAAACGUAGAUGAUGAAGACAACUUAACACUAACUCCAUCUUCAGCUGCCCAGUCCCAGAUUCCAGCGGCUGAUAAUAGUUUGCCAGAGUGUAGCAUUUCAGUCACAUGUGUGGAAGAUCCUGUGGUAUUUUCCAAGAUUAGGCAAAAUUUGAGGGAAAAACAUGCUCGACAUAUUGCUGAUCUACGAGCUUAUUACGAUUCAGAAAUCCAAAGCUUAAAACAGCAGCUGGAGGCGAGCCAUAAACCUCCUUCCGAAGACUUGAAGAAAAUCAAUCAAAAGCUUGCUGACAGAUGCAGCCAGUUAGAGGCAGCACUGAACGAAGCUAAUAAUCGCACGAGAGGCCUUGAAAAUAAAAACAACACUCUAGAAGUGGAAGUGGCGGACUGGAGGGAGCGCUUUAGUGCCGUGACCAGCACAACCAAGGCCCUGCAGGAACGUGUGGAAGAAAUGCGCUCAAGCAGCAAGGAGAAAGAUAAUACCAUCAGCCGUCUCAAGAGGAGGCUUAAAGAUCUAGAAGAGGCCUUUGAAAAAGCCUACAAGCUCUCAGACAAUAAGGAUGCCAGGCUGAAGGAAGAAAAUAAAAUGUUUCAAAAUCUUUUAGGAGAAUACGAGUCCCUUGGGAAAGAACAUGAGAGAGUAAAGGAUUCUUUAAACAUAACUGAGAACAAGCUGCUGGAUGCACACACUCAGAUUUCUGAUUUGAAAAGAACAGUCUCAAAACUUGAAGCUCAAAUCAAGCAGCUGGAACAUGAAAACUUGCUCAAAUUUCGACAUCUUGCAGACAGUCACUUCAGAACAUCUUAUGUCAACAGCAAAUUAGCAAGCUGUGAUGUGAGCAGAAGGAAAUGGCUGAUACCAGGAUCUGAGUAUUCCAUCUUCACAGGCCAGCCUUUGGAGGCCCAAGGCAGCCCCAAAGAUAACCGGCUCGAAGAAACAUACGCUGCUUGCAGGCAGCAGUCACCUCCGGAAAAAGAUUCCUCUUCGGAUCCCUCACUGACAAAUGAAACCGCAAAAAAGGAAAGCAAAGUCCCAGAGACACCAGUCAUGAAAGCUUUCAGAGAACUCGAAGAAAGGAAGGCAGUGAAAAACUGGGGCACCCAGACAUCGAAAGAGGAAGAGGAGGUGGCAGCUCCCACAAAAACAAACACUCGGCGUCCAGUGGUUGGCUUUGAUGAAACCGCUCUGGGUUCCACCCGGUCCCCAGAGAAAAGCAAAGACCACGUCAGGCACAAAAGAUACAGCCCACCAGGCGGCCAGCGGUCCUCAUCUCUCCCACCUUCAAACAGGAAGCCAAAUACACCAACAACGAGAGAGAUCAUGCUGGCUCCCGUCACUGUCACCUACAGCCCCAAACGCUCUCCAAAAGAGAACCUCUCGCCCGGAUUUAGCCAGUUGCUCAGAAACACGGAGAACAUGACGACGAGAUUUGAUAUUCUCCUCGAUGAUUUGGAAACUGCUCCCCGGCCUGCAGCACAGUACAGCAACCCUUGGAAAAGGCUGGAGUUUCGCUCAGUAGGUGAUGCAGAAGACGUGCAGCAUGCCAGCCCAGGCAAAGCCAGCAGUGCAAAGCCACCUCCUUUGCGUGGGGGAGCAAAGGCAGGCGUGGUCGGGACGGCUUGGGAAGAGGAAGGCUCUACCCACGGGAGCACUCCGUGCCUGUCGUCAUCGAGCACAGCCGCCCCUUAUGAAGCCGAUUUCAAAUAUGUUUCUAGGAUUAAGACACUGGCUGAAACUGAGAGACUCUUUGAUGAACUCACACAUGAAAAGCAACAGAUAGAGGCCCAGCUGAGCCGAAUACCGUGUGCUGGAGGGAGAAUGACUCUGCAAGCGAGAUUAAACCAGGAAGCCUUGGAAGAUCGCCUGGAAAGAAUUAAUAGAGAAUUGGGUUCCAUCCGCAUGAUUCUGAAGAGAUUCCACAUUUUACGUACCUCUGCAAAUAUUUGAGAUGUCUCUCUUUAAAUUAAGAUAUCCUUUUGUUUGCACUAAAAGUAUAAUAAUUAUGCACUCUGGAAAUGCAAAUGUUUUUGUAUUUUUGUAAGCCUUCUACAGCAGUUUUGCAAUCAUGUUGCCCUUUACACACAGUAUUUUGUAUUGAGCCACAUAUAUUUUAAAAGAACUAUUUUUGUUACAUCUGAAGGAAUCAAUCUGUCAAUUCUGUAUUUUGCUACUUUUGAAGAAGUGUUAAUAGUUUUUUGAAACAGUGGGUCUGAAUUCUUUAUAGGAAUAGAGAAACCAAGAGGCAGCUUGUUUUCAAAGGUUUAUCAUGUUGAAAUUGAUUUUUGUGGAGUACUCUGCUUACCAUUUUUAUACAGCAGGUAACCUGUCUUGCAAAGUAAGUUAUGAAGUAUUGAUUUUUUAUUUAUGCUAAACACGUCACAUGGCUUCUUGUGAAGCAAGCUUUCAACAAACAUUACACAGAUUGUGGUUCAGACAUUUCAUCUUGUUUUGUAAUCUUUUUGUUCAGUUGUACUGCAGUGUUUUCAACAAAUACACAAGGUUGGCCUAGGGAAGUGUAUUUAAAUAUCUGUAUAGAUGCAUACCAAGGACUUAAGAGAGACCAAACCCAGUUUCUCUUUUUAAAAGAUGUUUUUAUUUUGCAUGUAUGUCGCUUGAAAUAUUAAAGCACCAUUGUCUAAAA